AAUGUCUUGAAAAGUUCAGGCUUUCAUAAACCUCACACGCAAAAAACACCAAAAUCAGGUCAUACAUUCCACAAGCACAUGUUCAUUGCAUAUAAAUAUUAAAAGAAAGGAGUACGGUUUGAUGAGGCAGAGAGGGCAAAAGAAGAGCAAAAAAAGUCAACGAGAAGAAAACUUGAAAUGCAACGGAGGAGCAAUGAGAUAGAGGAGGAGGAGGAACAAGAAGAUGGAAGGAGAAGACUGGAGAGCGUGAGAGAGAGCCAGUUGGAAGGGAGAAGCAGCGGAACAGUGUCCAUGAACGGAGAGGACAACGUCUAUGUUGGGGUUGGGAAAGGAGACUCAAGUAUGGAGGCAUUGCGUUGGGCUAUUGACAACCUAAUGACUUCUUCUUCUACUCUUCUUUUCCUCAUCCAUGUCUUCCCUGAGACUCGCUUCAUUCCUUACCCCUUGGGGAGGAUAACGAGGGAGAGAGCAAGUCAAGAACAAGUAGAAAGCUUUAUGUCUCAGGAAAGGGAAAAGAGAAGAACUCUGUUGCUCAAGUUCCUUCAUGCCUGCUCUGCUUCUAAGGAACAGGUGAAGGUGGAGACAAUACUGGUUGAGAGUGACUCGGUCGCUAAGGCUGUACAAGACCUCAUUACCAUUCUUAACAUUAGGAAGCUUGUUCUUGGGAUCGACAAGUCUAAUGCUAGGAAAGCAUCCACAAUGAAAGGAAACAGUGUCCCUGAACUGAUAAUGAGGAGCUCCGCAGCAGACGUGUGUGAGGUUAAAGUCAUAUGCCAAGGGAAAGAGAUAAAUAUGGAGCAGACGAUGAUGGAGAGCAGCCCAGCUAAGUCCCCAAUAGUGCAGCGGCAAAAGAAAGAUCAACCUGUUGACCCUUUUGCUUGCAUUUGCUUUAUCAGUAAGCCCAAAACUAACAGAUAAUGUAAAGAGAGAUCAAAGAUGCAGAGACAAUACAUUUGAUGUAAUGUUUUGUGUUUGGAUAGAGCGAGUAAAAAGGAACUCUGAUAACAACU